GCUGAUACUCUCUUCCUCCCUCUCCCGCCAUUUAGGUCUGAGUUCCUCCUCCGUCGCUCUGAGUCGAGUCGCGGAGCUGUUGUACCUCAACACCUGCUUGUUUUAGUAGCGCAUUGGUUGGGUUUAUUCCAUGGUUUUGAUCACCGUUUGUGCGCAUUAGAGAUUGAUAUGAAUUGUGACGAACCCAGACAGUCAUUGUGGAUAUUGCUACUCUUCCACUUUGAUCUUUUGGAUCUCUUUUGUUGGAACUUUAGCGGCCGUGGUGUUACGUAAUUUGGCUCCAUUGUGGGUGCUCACCUCGAAGUGUACGUUGUUCCCCCGAGAGAUCGGUCUGUUUAGACUGUCACAUGCUUCCUGGCCUCAUGUUGACUUGAUUCCGAGACCUUGUUGGCUCCGUGAACUGGUGCUUCGCCUACAAAAUGGUGAGCACAAUGUCCACCCUGCAAUCUAGGCUCCCAAGAGAAAUGCCUGUUAGGAUUGAUGUCGAGAAGUCUCGGAGAGGGAUAUUGGCUUUUAGAAGUCAAAAGCUCGAGUUUGUCGACGCCAAGGUAACGGGUAAGGGCGAUGUCGCUACUCGCAAGCGGAAGAGUGACACCCCAGACGAGGUGUAUCUCUCCCUGCCGAAGAAGACCCCUGCUCAUCUCCCUGAGAAAUUUGCGCUGUUAGAAUCUUUCUAUGAAGGGGUGGAGGCUGCCGUGAGUUUGCUAGGAAUCCGUUGUCAGCUCUGCACAUUUCAAGCAGUCUGCGCUACGGUUGAGGCUACCACGAAGAGGCGCUUCCUCCAGAAGCAUUUGGCACAGAUCAAGCACAUUCUUCCCGAGGCCGUUGACCUCGAGUAUGUGAGGUUGUAUGAUCAAGAAUCAUACACCAGGAAAUGGGAGCUGAAGAUCGCACUGCUGCCUAUGCCCGCAGAAGAAACCGAGCCUAUUCGGGAUGGGAAGUGCACUUCGAAAAAGCCGAAGAUUGAGUCUGUGCAGCGGAGACGCGUAUUUCAUACUCGCUUGGCUAGAUUUGCUGUUACACACUCCGAGGAUGAUGAUAUACCUGCGCAUCCAAUGCCGGAGCGCCCUUUCAAUGGAAAUUCAACCUUCAAGAGAGGGUUUACAGAUAUGCCUGUUGCUAUGACUUGCAUUCCGAUGGGAAUUAAUAUCACUGCGCAUCGGGUUGUGGUGCCAGAGUCCACAUCUGGCUCACCUCAGUAUUCCGCGUCUUUCAAGUCCGGUUUCUUGCAGAAGGCUGGGAAUGGACUUGGAUCUUUUAUUAGGGGUGAUGAGGCAGGGCUUCAGGAAUCUACUGAGGUUUCACAUGUGCUGAACUCCACCCUCCCGAUGCCGAUCAAUAGGACUUCCCACAGAGACGUCCAUAAUUUUGCAAAGAAGCCUCUGGGAACCCCCCAUCUUGAGCCUUCUUUCAAGGCUUUCUUUUCUAUCAAAAGUAGAUCUGCAAUAACGGAGGUAGCCGAUGAGAACUACGAUGAUCCUAUUCUCGCCGCUAAUACGCCGAACUCUUCACAAACACUCUCACCAGUUAAACGUCGACAUGUCAGUCUUCAGGAGGAGGUCGAAAUUGUGGCUGCGGUGGAGCCCCAAACUCCGGUCAAGAUCGCCCGGACAUGCGGAACCCCAGCACGACUCAUUGGAAGUAAGUUCGAGAGCCCGAUCAGGCAAUGCCACCACUCUACUGUCGCCAAACUCCAUUUUUCAACCCGGAGCUCUUCAACGAGCCUUAGCCAGCCUGAUUCAUGCUGUACCUUAGGCUCAGCGGUGGAGCCAUCCGUGUCGAAGGAUAUUUCCAUCUCCUGGGAUGUGCGGACCCCAGUACAUGUGUCCAAUGCUGCGGAGCAGUGCUCGCCCGAAGAGGAAGAAUCGUUUCUCCUGAAGACGCCAGUGAAGUCAACUAUUCCAGCACGCUCCUUCAGAUCUCCAGCCUCAGUUACCCCUACGCUUCAGUACACUCCUUGUACGCCACAUAAUAAUGAGCGCGGAUGCAGUUCCAUUUAUGUUUCCUACCAUGCAGGGGAGCCAGAAGGGGCUUGCCCAGAGGGAUUCAAAUCACCUGCUGCCACGCCUGUGAAAGGAGGCUCUACAAGUAGGUCCUUGAACUUUUCCUCACCGAAGAGCAUUCCCUUCUCUAAAACUUCUGGCUUCCCUAGAUCACCAAGCCCUCACACACCUAGUCCUGAUGUCCCUUCAACUCCAGGCCUACGAACUCCAGUGAAUUCUUCGAGGACCUCGAGGUUCAGGAAUAAACAGGCUACGAAGUUGAAUCUUGGGCCCAUUUUCGCUCGAACCAGUGACGAGGAUGCGUCAGCAGAUUCUGGGGGCACUCAUACUGGUUCAGGAACGUCAUUGCCGAAGAAGUCUUUGUGCUUCACAAGUGAAGUAUCGCAAGCGGACAUGCUCAUGAUUCAGGGCAUACCAAGUAAACUUGUUAACUCAGUCUUGAGAGAAGAGUUACGAGUUGCAGAAGAGAAUAGGGACGAUGUGGUGGCGCUUAGACGUCAUCAGCAGAUGAAGGCUGGUAUUACUCUUCUAUUCGAUCAACUGCGCUUGAUCGUCCAGUCCAGUAACAAGUCCGUAUUCCCAUGCAAGAAGCUUCUGUCGAAGUUGGUAUCCUCCAACACUGAAAUGACAGAUCGAACUGAAGUAGAAGUGCGCCUCAAUUUGCUAAUGGAGUUGGCUCCUGAAUGGAUAUCGGCAAAGCCAUCUCUUGCUGGGGAUACGCUAUACAGGAUCGACAAGAAUGCAGACGUGAUGGGGGUGCGCAAGCGACUAUGUAGUGUUUAGUCUUACAAGAUUGUCUUAGAAGAGGAACAUCAAGCAAGUUUUACCAUAUGUGACGAAACAUAGCGGGUUGUCAAGUUCAAACUUGUUGAGGAACCCGCUAUGUUUCGUCACAAUAAGUCUUAGACACAUUGUAAAAUAGUACAGAUAAAUUCUGACCGUGAAGAGAAAAUUUUAUUCUCUAAAUUUAUUGAUUUAGGUUGAAUUUGCAGCUUUAGUACAUAUUCUUGUGUACAAGUCAUAGGCACCAUUCUAUGGGCAGUUAAUGAGAAAAGUUAUUUAAAUUUUCGAUUAAGCAUUA